GCUGACGUCAGACGGCAGCAGCCAUGGCCGGCAGCGGGGAGCGGUCGCCGCUGCUGCCGGGCGGCGGGUCGGAGGAGGGCGGCGGGGUCGCGGGCGGGGGCUCGGGGUCUGGGCCCGGUCCCGCUCCCGGUCCGGGCCCCGGUCUCGGCCUCGGACUCGCCGCCCCGCCCUACGUGCACGUCCCGAAGCCGGGAGGUUUCCCGGAGUUUUCCGAAACUCCCACUCCUGCCCCCGCAGUCCUGCCCGGUGAGGACCCACCACCCUACUCCCCGAUGACCAGCCCAGAGAGCGGCAGCACCCCGAUGAUCAACUGCAGAGUCUGUCAGUCCCUCAUCAACGUCGAGGGCAAAAUGCAGCAGCACGUGGUGAAGUGUGGAGUGUGCAAUGAAGCCACGCCCAUAAAGAAUGCACCUGUGGGGAAGAAGUACGUCCGGUGCCCCUGCAACUGUCUCCUCAUCUGUAAAGUCACCUCGCAGAGGAUCGCUUGUCCCCGACCUUACUGUAAACGGAUUAUCAACCUGGGGCCUGUACGUCCAGGACCCAGCAGCCCAGAACCAGAUGCCCAGCCGCCUGGAGUCCGAGUUAUCUGUGGGCACUGCAAGCACACCUUCCUGUGGAGGGAGUUCACGGACCGGACCCUGGCCCGGUGUCCUCACUGCCGCCAUGUAUCUUCGAUAGGGCGGAGGUAUCCCCGCAAAAGGUGCCUUUGGAUAUUCAGCCUUGGACUUGUGCUUGCUGUCAUAUCAGCCAUAGUUGCAGUGACGACAUGGAAAAAUGCAAAGCAUUACCAUGGGAUCUACGCUGCCUGGGCAGUGACCAUAACCCUGAGUGUCUGCUGCAUGGCACGAGCCUGCUACUGGGCCUGUAUGAGGGUCAGUCACCCCAUUCAGAACUUCUCCUGACCAGCAGACGAUCUGGCACCCGGGAAUCAGAGGGAAAACUGCACAUUCGAGAUGGAGCCACUUAAUGCACUGAGCUGGAGUGAUGGACCCCUGGGACCACCCAUCGAUUCUCCAGGAGGGGCCUGAGUCUGUCCACCCCCUCACUACCCCGUGUCCAGUAACCCCCUCACUACCCCCCCAACCCCCAUGUCCAGUAACCCCCUCACUACCCCCGUGUCCAGUAACCCCCUCACUACUCCCCCAACCCCUGUGUCCAGUAACCCCCUCACUACCCCCCCAACCCCUGUGUCCAGUAACUCCCUCACUACCCCGUGUCCAGUAACCCCCUCACUACCCCCCCCAACUCCCGUGUCUGGUAACUCCCUCAUUACCCUGUGUCCAGUAACCCCCUCACUACCCCCCCCCCCAACUCCCGUGUCUGGUAACUCCCUCAUUACCCUGUGUCCAGUAACCCCCUCACUACCCCCCCCCCAACCCCCGUGUCCGGUAACUCCCUCACUAACCCCGCUGCCCCCGUGUCCGGUAACCCCCUCACUACCUCCCCCAACCCCCGUGUCUGGUAACUCCCUCACUAACCCCGCUGCCCCCGUGUCCGGUAACUCCCUCACUAACCCCUGUGUCCAGUAACCCCCUCACUACACCCCCCCCUCCCCCACCGUGUCCGGUAACUCCCUCACUAACCCCGCUGCCCGUGUCCAGUAACUCCCUCAGUAUCCCCCUGCAUCCAGUAACUCCCUCACUACCCCCCCCAUGACCAGUAACUCCCUCACUGACCCCCGUGUCCACUAACUCUCUCACUAGCCCGUGUCCAGUAACUUGCUCACUACCCCCACCC